AUGGAACUCGACGAGCAGGAUGCAAGACAACCUAGUGACGUACCGAUAUUUUUACCUCGCCUAGGGUCGAGAAACCGACAAGUCCUCCUAGAUGCGGACGAAUUCGUCACCAAGUAUGAACUGGACGAUAUCCGGGACCAGAUUCGCAUCGGGGCUUUGUUGCUCGACGAUCCGAAUAAUAUUGAGGGUAUCAAUGGCUUGACGGACGAGGACAUUCAGACUCUCAAGGCUGAGCGUCUGGUGCCCCCACUCAACCUGAAACUGAUUGCUUCUGUCUGGUGGCUUGACUAUCCACGCCUUUCUUGCGCGGGGGGCGUCUUCAUGGGGUAUGGCAAGGCCAUGUUUCUACGGCUUCCCGAAUCCCUGGGCUGGUGGUCUUCUCCACACAGUCUGGGCACACUCGUAGGUCCUUGGUAUACAAUCCUCGCCCUCAGCUAUUUUGGACGUCGUAAGGUAGCCUUUGUUGCCGCGGCUCUGCAACUGGCAGCUACUAUUGUUGUGGUGAUCACCAAGGGAUCACGGUUGCUGGAUCUCGCAAUGGCAUCGUUGUGGGCGGCGCUUGAAUGUGCAAUUCCCAUUUACCUAGCAGAAAUCAGCCCCCAUGCCUCGCGUGGGUGUAUCUUGCUCACCUUUUCACUGGCUAAACAAUACGGAGUACUUCUCGCCAACGGAGCGACAACGGACGGGAUCGGCUCCAUCUGCGCAAAUAUCAUGAGCCAGUUAAUUGGUAUUCUCGCGGUGCUUUUUUUUUCGUCAGAGUCGCCCUACUGGCUCGGUCAGAGAGGUGAGAUGCGCCAGGCUCACAAAGUGUUGACCAAAUAUCGGGAUAACGGCAUCCAAGCCAGCCGAGACUUAUACCGGAUCUACAAAUCCCAGAUCCUGGAAACCAAACUCUCCGAAAGAAAACGCACUAUGACGAUUGAAACCACACAAGCCCUCGUGGUCUGCAUUCUAGUCACAUUACCAGACACGAUUCUCCGCAUCCUGGUCCACUUGGCGAUGGCAUGGACCAGGGAUUUCGAUAAGAUUCUGCAAGACAGGCGCAGAGUGAUUCCUCUCGUAGUCGUUAUGCCAAUUUGUCUUUUAUUUGCAGCGAUCUCUUCUUUUUACUCGAGGAUUUACGUUGAGCGAAUCGGGCGUCGACCUGUGCUCUUGAUCAGCAUGACUUUAGUCGCGGCAGUUAUUCUCUCGGUUAAGCUGGUCAACUUUCUGUUAGCCCCAUUUGGGCAUCAGAUCGAAUCCUCCCUUGUCCCUUUGUUUCUGCUUGUCCCCAUUGCAGCAGGAGGAUGGGUCCCUCAAGUCUUGGUGGCUGAGCUAUCUUCUGAAGGCCGCGAUUGUGCCAUGGCAGCAAGCCAAACUACUGCCUGGUGCAGCGCUGCUGGUACUGCAUACUACUUCUCAGAGUUCAGUCUUUCUCGUAGUAGCCUGUCCGAGCUUGACGACUACGGUCGACUUCCCAUAUCCUUUUUGUUGUACGUCUUCUCCCUUUCAGAAUUGAAGAUUCGCUAUCCUAAUCUGUCCCACACAAUAUCAGAGGCCUUCAAAUCCUCUUAACAUGCGUGGUUUAUCUCACAACGAUAGAAACAAAGGGUCUGGCGCUCGACGAGAUCACUUCGGCACUUGCAGUACCGGUGUGGAAUCGUGUCUGUUACAGAGUCCGAAUCCAAUUACCUUACUUAUGCAAGAGAGCUUGUGGCCAGCGGCACUUUGAGCUCGAAACAUUUGAAGUAUCAAGAUAUGCUGGCGGUGCGGUGAGGCUGGGGGCGGGUGGCGAGACUUGAAGAGGAGAGUAUGUCAAUUAGAAUGCUCACAAAAC